AUGAAAGGCAAUAAUUCUCGAACAAUAUCAACAACAACUUCAUUAACUGAUCAAUCAUUACGAACAUCAUUAAUACGAAAUACAGAUCACGAUAUAUCAUUAGAUUUAACUGACGUUUCAAUUUUAUCUGUUGGUCUUAAACGUUAUCAAAAUCAUAAUCACGAAAUGUUAACUGAUGAUGAUGAAGAUAAUGAAAUCGAAACAAGUGAUGAUGAAGAUGACGAUGAUGAUGAUGAUGAACCAUUUCCUUCCAAUUCAACAAAUGCAUUAUUAAAUAAUACUAAUAAUAAUGAUGAUAUGGAUCUUGGCUUAAUUGAUCCAGAUACACAAGCUAAAUUAGCUGCUAUACUUGAAGCUACUGGUAUAACAAAUUCUCCUAUACCAGAAGAUUUUUGGCGUGAUCAACAAGUUGUACGUUUAUUAACAAGUAGUGUAACAAAUAAUUUAAAUGGUUUACAUGAAAUAGCUAAUGCUAUAUCACCAUCAAAUAUUAAUCUAAGUGGACAUCAAGAAAAAAAAUCUAAAUCAACAAAUAAAGACACAUCCGGAACAUUUGUUCGUGCAUGUAUGAAUAAUGAUAUUCGUACAAUUGAAAAAAUUCUUCAAACAACAAAUGGAAAAGAACAUUUAAAUGAUGUUAAUGAAGAUGGUGAUAGUGUUUUAGCUGUUGCUUGUUCAAAUGGUUAUACAGAUCUUGUACGUUUAUUACUUACAACUAUACCUGAUAUUGAUAUUAAUGAUCGAGGUACUAAACAAGAUUGUACACCAUUAAUGGAAGCUUGUAAUGCUGGUCAUUACGAAAUAGUUGAACUUUUAUUAAAACAUAAUGCAAAUGUAAAUAUGCAAUCAACAUCUGGUAAUACAGCAUUACAUUAUUCAGCAGGAGGAGGUUAUGCAGAUAUUGUUCGACUUCUACUUGAACAUGGUGCUAAAGUAGAAGAAACAAAUGAAAAUGGUCAUACACCUCUUAUGGAAGCAGCUAGUGGUGGCCAUGUAGAAGUUGCACGUGCACUACUUGAUCAUGGUGCUGGUGUUAAUACACUUUCGAAUGAUUCGAAAGAUAAAAAUGGAAAUGAUAGUAAACAACAUAAAACAGAUGAAAUGCAUACAGCUUUAAUGGAAGCAUGUAUGGAUGGUCAUGUACAAGUAGCAAAAUUGUUACUUGAUCAUGGUGCCGAUGUAAAUAUGCCACCAGAUAGUUAUGAAAGUCCACUAACAUUAAGUGCAUGUGGUGGUCAUAUUGAACUAGCCUCGUUACUUAUUGAACGAGGUGCUAAUUUAGAAGAAGUUAAUGAUGAAGGAUAUACACCAUUAAUGGAAGCUAGUAGAGAAGGACAUGAUGAUCUUGUAAAUUUACUUGUUUCACAAGGUGCUGAUGUUAAUCGAACAACUGAAGAUACACAAGAGACUGCAUUAACAUUAGCAUGUGCUGGCGGAUUUUUGGAUGUAGCCAAAAUUCUUCUAUCCAAUGGCGCUAAUGUUAAUUUAGGUCAAUCAACUCCUCUUAUGGAAGCAUCACAAGAAGGACAUGUAGAAUUAGUACAAUAUUUAAUACAAAAUGGUGCUGAUGUUAAUCAAACAACACCAGCUGGAGAAACUGCUUUGGCUUAUGCUUGUGAAAGUGGUCAUAGUGAAGUAGCAGAAAUUUUACUUAAUUCCGGUGCACAUAUUGAUCAAGCUGAAAAUGAAGGACGAACACCAUUAAUGAAAGCAGCUAGAGCUGGACAUAUAUGUACAGUACGAUAUUUAAUAUCAAAAGGAGCGGAUGUUAAUCGAGCAACAAAUAGUAAUGAUUCAACUGUUCUUUCAUUAGCAUGUGCCGGUGGCCAUCUUGAUGUAGCUUCAUUAUUACUUAAACAUGGUUCUGAUCCAAAUCAUCUUUUGAAAGAUCGUUCAAAUUGUUUAAUUGAAGCAGCUAAAGGUGGUCAUACAGAAAUAGUAAAAUUAUUACUUGAAUAUCCAAAAAGUGUCACACAACGAACACAAAUAGUACCACCGACAAAUUCUGUUGAACCAUUACAUUAUGAUGUAACGAAUGAACAUGAUGAAGAAAAAGAUAAAGAACAAAAUUUAACAGUGACAAUGUCAAAUACAUUUCCAUUACCAACAUCAUCAUCAGGAGAUAAUAAUAAUAAUAAUAAUAAACGAUCCGCCCAAACAACAAAUUCACCUAUUCAAUUAUUAAAAAGUCUUCAAAAAAUUGUUCCUAGAAAUAUUCUUGAUGUUCUACAAACUGGUGUUAAUGAAUCAAUAAAAUUACAUACUGAUAAUGAUAUAAAAGAUAAUAUAACAUGUUCAAUAUCAAAUAAUGAUCGAUCAUCAUCACCUAUUUUACCUAAUGAUACAUUUCAACAAUCAAAUCAAAAUUCAGAUAUUAGCAAUGUUCAACAAGCAAAAAAACUUCAAAUACUCGAACAACUUCAAUAUGUUGAAAAAGAACUUCAUGAUAAAGCACAACAACAAUUACAAAUCAAUCAAGAUUAUCGACAACAAGUUAAUGAUUAUGUAAAUUCAAAUUCACUUCCAUCACCAUCAACAAUAAGUGGUAAAAAAAAACGAACAACAUCAUCAUCUUCAACAUCAAGUUCAUCAUCUGAAACAUCAUCAUCAUCAUCAACAGCUAAACAAGAUGAUCAAACAUUAUUACCACCACCACCACCACCAACAACAACAAAUUUAACAUUACCUAUACCAACACAAACAAUAAAUUUUUUUUCAACAUCAACUAAUGAAACAAAUCCAUCAUCAUCAUCAUCAUCAUCAUCAAAUAAUCUUCGUAUAUCAAAUAAAUCAAUUCUACCACCAUUUCAUCAUAAUCAACAUCAUCCAAAAAUAAAAAAAUCAUUUAAUCGACAAUUAUCAAAAUUUGAUCGUCGACUCGAACAAAAUUUACAUGAUAAUCAAACACAUAUUGAUCAAAUGAAUUUACAUUUAAAAAGUCUUAAAUUACUUUCACCAUCAUCAACAGAAUGUUUAACAACAUUAAGUCCAACAAAAACUCCUAUGCGUAUUAAUACUGAUACACAAAAAGCACUUGAACAUUUACGUGUAUUAGCUAAUAAUCCAUCUGAACUUGAACGUAUACAAACAUUAUCAAAUAAUCCAAAUUUAGUACAAGAAAUAAAAAAAGUUGCUAAUGAAUCAUUUAAUGAACAAUUAAGAACAUUACCACCAUUUACACCAGCAAAUUUACAACAAACAACAAAUGAUUCAAUAACAGUUGAAAAUAAAUCAAAUAAUAAUGAAAAUCAUCAAAAAAUGCUUCCACAUACUGAACCAGUUAUCCAUUCUCAACCUGAUAUAACAGUACAAACAGUGACAUCUUCAAAUCAAGUCUCAUCUCAACAACCACAACAGUCAUUUACCAUUUCAACUACAACUCGAAAUUCAAAUAAAGAAGAUAAUCAUCAUACGCUAUCAGUAAAUGAUCGUCCUCCAUCAUUAUCUAAUGUAACUAAUUCUCAACAUUCAAUCUGUUGUGCUGAAUGUCCAUCACAAUCAACAAAUAUUUUAAAUACAACAUUAUCUCAUUUACAUUUUCAAAAUCGAAUUGAUGUUGAUUGUGAAACAGAAUCAAAUCAUGAUACAGCAUUAACAUUAUCAUGUGCUGGUGGUCAUGAAGAACUUGUUACAUUACUUUUACAACGUGGUGCAAAUAUUGAACAUCGUGAUAAAAAAGGUUUUACACCUUUGAUACUUGCUGCUACUGCUGGUCAUGCUAAUAUUGUAGCUAGAUUACUUGAAAAUGGUGCCAAUAUUGAAGCUCAAUCAGAAAGAACAAAAGAUACUGCAUUAUCAUUAGCAUGUAGUGGUGGAAGACAAGAAGUUGUUGAAGUUUUAUUAAAGAAAGGAGCUAAUCGUGAACAUAGAAAUGUUUCAGAUUAUACUGCUUUGAGUCUUGCUGCUUCGGGUGGAUAUGUGAAUAUUAUAAGAUUAUUAUUAAAUUAUGGUGCAGAAAUUAAUUCAAGAACUGGUAGUAAAUUAGGAAUAACUCCAUUAAUGCUUGCUUCAAUGAAUGGACAUGUUGCUGCUGUUAAACUUCUAUUAGAUAUGGGUUCUGAUAUAAAUGCUCAGAUUGAAACAAAUCGCAAUACUGCACUGACGUUAGCUUGUUUUCAAGGACGAGCUGAAGUUGUUUCAUUAUUAGUUGAUCGAAAAGCAAAUAUUGAACAUCGAGCAAAAACAGGUUUAACACCUCUAAUGGAAUCUGCAUCAGGUGGUUAUGUUGAUGUUGGUCGUGUUCUAUUAGAACGAGGCGCUGAUGUUAAUGCACCACCAGUACCAACAUCGAAAGAUACUGCUUUAACAAUUGCUGCUGAUAAAGGUCAUCAUAAAUUCGUUGAACUACUUCUUCUUUAUGGUGCAACUAUUGAUGUUCGAAAUAAAAAAGGUGCCACACCAUUAUGGCUUGCUUGUAAUAAUGGUCAUUUAGAAGUUGUUCAAUUACUUGUAACACGUUUUGCUAAUCCAGAUUCAAGUGAUUCACGAAAAGUUUCUUGUCUUAUGGCUGCUUUUCGUAAAGGACAUUGUAAAGUAGUUAAAUAUUUAGUUCGUCAAGUUCGACAAUUUCCAUCAGAUGCUGAUUGUCGUCGUUUAAUAAGUACAAUAACUGAUAAAGAUCUAUUAAAAAAAUGUCAAACAUGUAUGGAUCAAAUAAUAUCCGCUAAAGAACGACAAGCAGCUGAAGCAAAUAAAGCUGCUAAUAGUUUAUUAAAAGAAAUUGAUUUAGAAAAAUCACGUGAAGAAACUCGAAAAGUAGCUGCUGCAAAAAAACGUGAAAAACGUAAAGCUAAGAAAAAAGGUAAACAAAAAUCAAAUACAAUGGAAUCAACAAUUGUGAAACCUGAUGAACAACAAGCACAACAACAACAGCAAGAACAAGAAGAAGAACAUGAAGAAGAAGAAAAUAAUGAAAAUGAAGAAAUAAUUCCUCAAGAAAAUCCUUCAAUAUCAUCAACAACAACUCUUGUGGUUGAUGAUGAUCUUCGACUUAAAAUGGUUAAAACAGAUCAUGAAGAAACAACAAAAAAACCUCUUUCACCUGAACGUCCAUCACCAGUAGUAACUGUAUCUAAACAACCUAUAAAUAAUAAUAAUAAUAAUAAUAAAAAGAAAACAAAUACAAUGACACGUAAAAUUGAACGUCAUCAAGAGAAUCUCGCAUCAAAAAAUAAACAACAAGAAACAAUUUCUACAACAAGUGGAAUAUCAAUACCAAAUGUAGAUGAUGGUUGGCAAGAAGUUAUUGGUAAACAAAAAAAAAUUACUAUACCACAUGAACAAUAUUCACGUAUUAUUGGACGUAGUGGUUCAAAUUUAAAUGUUUUACGUGAAGUAACUGGUGCAUCGAUUGAUGUUGAAAAUAAAAAAGCUAUUGGUGAUAAAACUAUUUUAAUUAAAGGUAAUGGUGAUUCCAUAAAACAUGCUUAUCAGCUAAUAAUGGCAUUAUUGAAAAAUUCGGAAUCUGAAUUAAUGAAUCUAUUACCAUCAAGUAAUGAAAAUAAAACAAAAUCAAGAUCAACAACGAUUACAUCUAAUAGUGAACAUAAUAAUGAUGAGAUAAAUAAAGUACAAAGAACAAAUAGUACAAGUUAUGGAAUAAGAUUGCAAAAUACUGAGCCUUCCGUAUCAGAUACUCAUGUAUCAACUUCAUCAUCUAAACCCAUGACAAAUAAUACUCGUAUAUCGAAUGUAUCAACUAAAAAAACUACAACAAUAAAUUCUUCAAAUAUUUCUAAUCGUUCAACAUCAUCAUCAACAACUAAAAAUUCUCAGCCAUUAACAACUACUGGUGCAACAUGGGUUAAUUCGAAUCGAUCAAAUCGUAGUAUAACAUCAUCUGUAACAACAAAUUCUACACCAUCAAAUAUAUCAAAUUCAAUACCAGUAUGGAAUCAUCAACAAUUAUCAUCAAAAUCAUCUUUAAAUCAUAAUAAAACAUCUAAUACAAAUCAUUAUUCAACAAAUCAAACAAAUACUUCAUCAUCUUAUCAUUAUCCAUAUUCAAAUAUUAAUAAUUCAAUAAAUAAUCAUAAUCAUUAUGGACAUUCAUCAAAUAAACAAAUAAUAUCAUCUAAUAAACAUUAUUCAACAAAUUAUUAUCAAAAAGGUGAACAUUCAAUACCAUCUGAAACAACAACAACAGUUCAUUCAUCGCCAAAUUCAGUUAUUCCAUCUCAACCAGGUCAUCGAAUUCCAGUACAACCACUUCCAACCUCUUCCACAGUACCAACUAUUUCAUCAUCAUCAUCAUCAUCGGAAUCUAUGUCAUCAACACCAACAUCAUCAUCAUCAUCAUCAUCUACUUUACUUGUUGCUUCAUCAACAACACCAACUCCAACUAAUGUAACAGCAGCUGGUGAAUAUAAUCCAUUUGCAUCUAAUAUUCUUACAACAUCAAUUGUUGAUGUCUUAACCAAAACUAAAGAAUCAGUAACAUCUAUUGAUGAAACAAAUUCAAAUGCAACAACAAAAAUGAAUUUUGCUAAUGUUGCAAAAAUGAAUGUACCAACAAAAUCAUCUCAUCAUGAACCAAUUGUUAUAACCAUGGAUGAAUCAUUAUCACCACCGCCUGAUCCUAAAAUUGCUCCUGGUUAUCGUGGACCAUCAAGUGCUGGUACAACACCAAUACAUCAUCAACAACAAAUAAUUCGUACAACAAAUUUUGAUUCCAUUUCUCCAACAUCACAAUUAAUACGUGCACCAGGUGCUAAUAGACAUCAACAAUCAAUAUCACCAUCAAUAAAUAAAAUACUUCUUGAUCAAAAUGGUCAAACAGGUUCAUCAACAACAUCAUCAACAUCAUCAUCACCAUCAUCAAUAAAACAACAAACAAAUCAAUUUAUUCAACCACAACAAUUAUUUAAUUCAUUAGAACAACAACAGCAACAACAACAACCAUUUGGACCUAUUGGAUCACAUCGUACACAAAUACCAACAACAGCUGAUGUUACAUUUCAUGAUAAUUCACUUCAAAUGAGAACUAAAUUUAAUCGAACAUUAUCAGCUAAUAAUACUCCAAUGUAUCAACCAGUUCUACCACAAUCAAUACCACCAAUGCUUAACAAUCCAGCUUAUGCUAAUAUGUCACGUAGUAGAUCGAAUCUCAAUCCAAGUGCACCAGAAUUUCAACAUUGUAAUCGUUUACCACCACCAUUUAUGCCACCUCCACCACCACAAGUGCCUAUGUCAAAUGGACCAUUAUCAGCAAACAUCAUGAAUAUUGCUCGUAUGAUGGAACAAAAACAACAACAACAACAACAGCAACAACAAUUAUAUGCCAAUAAUACGAAUCCUCCAGUACAUCCACCACCACCACCGCCACAGCCAAUGGCACCACCACAAGUCUUAGCACCUAUACGUCCACUUCAACAAGCUGAUAUGGAAGCAAUGCAACAGCAUGUACAAAAUCAAGUUUUACAUUUUUUACGUUUACAUGCCAAUCAACAACAUCUUAUACCACCACCACCACCACCACAAUUACCAACAACAUUACAAAUAGCUAAUAUAUUAGCAUCAAAAGGACAAUUACCACAAGAUCCAAAUCAAGCAGCAGCACUUGUUGCUGCUUAUUAUUAUACAAAUUUUCUAUCACGAUCACAACAACCACAACCACCAACAAAUACUAUUCCAUUAUCGUCUAAUGUAAAUAAAAAUGUCUAUGAGACGAUUAAUAUACAACAACCAACUACUUCAAACAGUGAUGAUAUACCAUUAACUGCAGUUGAUCCAAUAAAUGGACCAGUUCAAGCACAAGUGAUUGUUGAUCCGAAUGUUAUCAUUGGUAAUAGUAAUCAUUCAAGUGGCUCUUCUUCUUCAUCAUCAUCUACGAGUACUAGUGGUGAUCACAAAAUGGUACCAGCUGCCAUUGGUAGCGAACGUAAACGUCAUUUACCUAUACCAACAACUGUUGGUUCAAUACCGACUGGUGAUUGGUCUUCCGUUUCAAAACAACCAUAUCCAAUCGAUCCAUAUCUAUCACAACAGCAGCAAGCUCCACUAUCAUCCGAAUAUCAACAACAACCGAUGCGCGACUAUACACGUUAG